AUGGGGAGGAGCGAUAUCCACCGGUUCUUGGAGCCGCUGAGCGUCGACGUCGACAGGGCGUAUGAGCUCUCGCGGGGGUUUCUUGCGAACUUCAGGGAUCUGGCGGCGAACUCGAGGGACCAAGGAGGGACCAACCUCCGAGUGGGCUUCAUCGAGCUGCACGGCAACGACCCGGAUCCCGCAUCGCGCGUGCAGCGCCCCCUGGAGAAGUCGUGGCCCAUCGACAACCACCUCAAAAACGACAACGCAAACAGCCUCUUCUCAUGGAUCGGGCGAUGCAUCGCCGACGUCGUGGACGAGGGCUGCCGAACCCUCGGCGUGCCCAACGACCGGCCGCUCCCCCUGGGCGUCACCUUCAGCUUCCCCAUGGAGCAGCGCUCCGUCUCCCACGCCCUGCUGAUGGACAUGGGCAAAGGCUUUGCGCUGCCGUCGGGCAUCGACCUCGGCGCUCACAUCGAGCAGGGCUACGCGGAGUUCCGAGGCGCUGACCUGCCGCCCAUCAAGGUCACCGCCAUUGCCAACGACGCCGUGUCGACGCUGGUGGCGAGCAUCUUCAGCUACGGCGGCACGGAGCAUCACCGCGCGGCCAUGGCGCUGAUUCUGGGGACGGGGUCGAAUGCUACGGUGCCCCUGAAGCUGGACCUGCUGCAUCCCAGCAAGCGGCCUCGGACGGUGAGCCUUGUGCCGGGCGAGGACGUGGCCGAUGCCAAAAUUGCGGUCAACACCGAGUGGAGCAUCAACGGCACGCUGCCGCCCAUGGUGGAGGCAAAUCUGGUUACAAGAUGGGAUGAAGCCUUGUCUUUGCAGAAUGAGAGGCCAGGUUUCCAGCCUCUGGAGUACAUGACGGCGGGGCGGUAUCUGGGCGAGCUGGCUCGCAUCAUGCUGGUGGAUUAUCUGGUCACGGAGUCGCGGGUGCCCGUCGAGACGUUGCCGCGGAGGCUGCUGGACAAGGAGAGCCUGACGACGACGUUUCUGAGCCACUACAAGCCGCUGGAGCCGCCGUCGGCGCUACUGGAGAAGCUGAGGCGGCAGAUUCCCGAGGACGUCGCGUCUGGCUUCACGUGGACGGAGGAGCUCGCAGCGGCGCUGUACCACAUUGCAAAGGCCAUCGAGGUCCGGGCGGCAGGCAUCAUCGCCGCCGCCAUUGUCGCCCUGCUUACCCUUGCGGACGAGCUGCCCGAGAGCAUGGACGGAGCAGACGCUGCUGAUACGAAAUCUCCCGUCCGCGAGCUCGGCGUGGGCUACACUGGCGGCUGCAUAGUGCACUUUCAGGACUACCUGGCCGACUGCCAACGCUUUCUGGACCAGCUGCUGGCGCGCAGGCUCGGUGAGGAUGGCCGGUUGCGCGUGGUUCUGAAGCCUUGCCAUGACGGGGGCGUUACGGGGGCGGGGAUCUUGGUUGUUGCGGAGGCGUUGUCGAGGAAGAGCGAAGCCCAAGUUGCGCCAUCCGAGACACGUAGCACAUCACCACCGCUCUCUCUCUCCAUCGUGCUAUGCCAGCGGUUGCUGCUACCAGCAAAAGACUCACGCAUGAGAAACAGCAUGAACCGCCGAGACGACCACGACGAUGAAGUCGGGAACCCAACGGCACAGCAGUCAUACCAAAGCAACUUCAACAGCAGCAGCAGCAGCAGCAGCAGCAACGCCAAAGACAACGUCUCCGUCACUAUCACUACCACCACCACCACCGACGACGACAACCCAGCCAUCCCAUGCGAAACAUCCCCCCUCCUCCCUCCUCCUCCUCCCUCAACCUCAUCCCCGCCAACACCAACACCCCCCUACCUCCUCCUGUCCACCACCUCCCCAGCCCGCUUCCGCCUCAUCUUCGCCCAGAUCCUGACGGCCCAGUUCCUCGCCUCCUUCGACGGCACCCUCCUCGCCUCGUCCCACCCGGUCAUCACCUCCCACUUCGCCGCCGCCAACGCCGCCUCCUGGCUCUCCACCGCCUUCCUCCUCACCUCCACCGCCUUCCAGCCCCUCCUGGGCAGGCUGUCCGACGCCGUCGGCAGGAAACCCCUCUUCGUGGCCAGCCUGGUCGUGUUUGCGGCGGCGACGGCGUGGUGCGCUCUCGCGGGGAGCAUCGGGAGCUUUGUGGCUGCGAGGGCCGUCUGUGGAUUGGGAGCUGGGGGGGCGAUGACGCUGGGGAGCAUCUUGACGAGUGAUUUGGUGCCGAUCGAACGCCGCGGCAACUACCAAUCCUACGUAAACGUCACCUUCGGCGCCGGCUCCGCCCUCGGCGCGGCCCUCGGCGGCGCCAUGGCCGAAACCCUGGGCUGGCGCGCCGAGUUUGGCGUGCAGGUGCUCCCCAUCCUGCUCUGCGCCGCCGUCGCGUCCGUGGUCAUCCCGGACGACAUCGGGCUCUCGGGGGAUGGCAAACUGAGAAGAAAUGUGUGGGAUGCGCUGGGGGAGUUUGACUUUGGGGGGUCGGCGGCGUUGACGUUGGCGACGACGAGUGCGAUUCUUGGACUGAACUUUGGGGGCAACAUCUAUCCGUGGUCUCACCCCUUCGUCAUAACCGCCCUCUCCCUCUCAGCAAUAUCCUUCCCAACGUUUCUCUACGUCGAAUCCCGCGUCCGCAUGCCCAUCAUGCCCCUCCACCUCGUCCGGACGUCUCCCCGCGCAAACCUGCUCUUUUCCAACUUUAUCGCCGCCCUCCUCUCCAACUCCAUCCUCUUCAACAUCCCCCUCUACUUCCAAGCAGUCCUCCUCUCAAGCGCCACCUCCUCCGGCCUCCGCCUCGCCCUCCCCUCCAUCACCGCCUCCGUCGCCGGCGCCUCCACCGGCUUCGCCAUAACCUACACCCGCCGCCUCAAAUGGCCCGUCGUCGUCGGCGCAUGCUUCUACCUCGUCGGCUGCGUCCUCCUCACGCUGCUCCGUCGGGACAUGUCCCCCGCGACAUACCUCCUCGUCCUCGUCCCCCAGGCCAUCGGCCAAGGGUUCCAGUUCCCGGGGACCUUCAUGGCGAUGCUCGCUUCGUCGGCGCAGGCGGAGCAGGCAGUCGUCACGAGCACGCUCAUCUUGUGGCGCUGCGUGGGACUCGUGCUGGGCGUGGCGAUGAGCAGUCUCGUUGUGCAGAAUGCGCUGGUGCAUUACCUUGACGUGUUUGUGCAGGGGCGGGACAAGGAGGACGUGGUGCGGAGGGUGAGGGAGUCGGUGGAGGCUGUGGCCGGACUGGAGGAGCCGUAUAGGGACAUGGUUGUGAGGAGCUAUGAGGCGGCGCUGAGGUUGACGUUUGUGCUUUGUGCGGUGCUGGCGGCGGUUUCGGUGGUGGUUGUCUUGCCGAUGAGGUUGCCGCGUCUGGGGCCGGUGAAAAGGACAUGA